UGACCGGGUGUAAUGCAAAUAAAGUGCAAGCAUAAAAUAAACCAUCAGCGCCCCAUUCACCCGUUCCGUCCAAAGCCUCAGGCCAAGCUUUUUGAUGAGGAGAUGGCCGUGCUGCACACCACCCUGCACAGGAAAUUUGCAGGCGGCGCCUUGGUCAAAGAAGUGCUGGUCAAAGCCAGGCACGUGGAAGGCCCCGGCAACCUGAACCUCGCAGCGCACCACCCAGGCGCGAGCGAGGAAGUGCUGGGCGCCACAACGGUGGGGUACAUCGACUCCAUGGCGAGUGAGCCCAAGUCCGGCAGCGGCAGAGCCAUGUGGGACUUGAUCAGCGGUAUGAAUUAUAUUUGCAUCGCUUGCCAUUCCAUCCUGCUGCAAAAGACCGUGGACUUUUGGCAGGCAAUGGGGAUGAAGCACAUGGACCCCAGCAGCGAGAAGGACUCUACUGCUUUUCGGCAGCUGGUCAUGGUGCGGACCAUGGGCAAGGUGAUUUGCGAGCUGAAGGACCUUCAGGAGGCGCUGCCCAAGAGCAAGCUGCCGCUCUUCGUUUGGGUGCCAUCGCGCUUUGCGCAGGAGGAUCAAGACCUUCAUCAGAAUUAUGUCUUCAUGCCGGAUGAAGGCGCAGCAAGAGACAUUAGUUGACGCUUU